AUGCGGUCGUGGUCUUCCGAAGAUCGGUUGAGGCUGGGAUACCUUAGCAUUUAUACUAGUUACAUUGAAGCAAGAAAGCCAUCUUCAGCUACUCGGGCUAGGUUGGCAAGGCUUGUGAUGGAUUUAGAAGCGUUUGAGAACUACCCUUGGGGAAGAGUGGCCUUCAAAAACCUGAUGCGGUCGGUGAAGGAGAAAGAAAUUUGGAAGUCGUCGUACACCAUUGAGGGGUUUGUUCAAGUACUACAAGUCUGGGUUUACUUUGCUCUUCCCGACUUUGCUGCUAAAUUUGGUGAACCACUUCCAGGCGACCACAAUACACGCAUUAACAACUACGUUGUUAAGGAAUUCUUCGACAUGUUUCCGCGCUGGGAAAUUGAAGACGAUGAUGAAGAAGACGAGAGGACUGACAACAUCAUCAAAGCGAUGUAUGGUCAUUUUGGCCCUAAACAAUGGACAUGGGAAAGGAGUCAUUGGCCUCCAACAGGUGUGACCAAGUAUGUCAAGUCCGAAGGGUCUGUCGAUCUGAAGAGGCGAUCGGAAUCAGUUGGUGAUCAAGGAAGUCGGAAGCGGUUCUGCCCAGCCUCUGGUGAGGAAGAUGAGUCAAUGGUCACGAUUCUGAAGGACCACAUGGACGACUGCUUCAACAAGAUGAUGGAUGGGUUGAGUAGUUGUGAAUCUCAGAUCAAACUACUCAACACAAAGUUGGGAACGGUGGAGCAGAAAUUAGAGGCAGUGAUCCUCCAAGCUGGGACCGGAGGUACAAAGGAGGAUGUGGCUCAGACUGGUGAAGCAGACGCCGAGGACGCAAAACCUGUUGGCGACGAUCAAACGGACGCGGACGCCGAUCCUAAUAUCGGGAGUAAUUUUAUGUCUAAGCAAAAUGAACAAAUUGAUGUCCCAAGUGAGAGCGUGAACGAUGGUAAGCAGGGAACUCCAGAGCCAAGCGUCGUUAUGGUUGAUCCAGCAAAAUGCGACAUCGACUUCGAUCAGGUCCAGAAAGAUAAACACGAGAAAGGCAAGAAGGCGGCACAACUGGUUGCUCGUGCGAAGAGUGAACAUCUGCGAAAGUUGGCUCCUACACAACAAAGCCCUUUCAAACCCAACAGCACAGCGAAGGAAAUAAUCCCAAACAAAAAUGUCCGAGGGUGCGGAUAUGAUCCGUUUGAUAUGAAACACGUGAAGCAAAAAAUCGGUGUGCUAACUGAUUGUCUGAAAAAAGAUCCGGCAUAUCCGAAGCGGGUGAAAUGGUCAUCCGUGGACUGGUACUUCAUUCUAAGAGUUCCUAAACAAUGGCUAGCAGAUACUCAUCCUGAGUGGUUUAGGUCGGACAGGAUAACAUUCCUCGACUCUUACUUUGCAACGAUGUGGAGGUACAAGUACAAGGAGUUUGUGGACUCUCACGCCAAUCCUGAUGGUUCAGGCAAGCUCCUUCCAGCUGGCUCGUUCGAGUACUACACUGGCGCAGCCCCAACCUAUUGCGUUAGUAACAAGACGUGGGGGUAUGAUGUGGAUGACCUGUACUCGAUGUUACACAUCACUGAUGAUCACUGGGUGACAAUGUGGAUUUCGAUUACGAUGAAGCAUAUUGUCAUUUGGGAUAGCCAUGCGAAUACUCAUGCAUCGGAUAUUCAGAUUGAGGCUGCUGUGACUCCGAUUACCGUCUUGGUUCCCUACAUACUCCGUGAGUGUGCACCUGCUGAAGACCGUAUCAAUCUGACUUAUGAUCCAUUCACGUGGGAGCGAAUCAAGGGGCAUUUGAUCCCACAAAACAAACAAAGCGGUGACUGUGGUGUUUACUGCUUGAAGUACCUUGAAUACCAUGCUCUAGGGAUGCCAUUUCCGAAGACCUUGUGCGAUGCAAACAUUAAAAACAUCCGAGACAAGCUGGCAGCUGAGAUAAUUGACGAGACAGGAGUAACCGGCACAGAGAAGUAUGAGUAUCCAUGGCUGGACGUAUACGAAGGUAAGUGA